CUCGAUGAAAUCUUCAUAAAUUCACAAUCCGUUUGGUCUAUUUUUUUCUUGAAUAGAUUUACGGACUAUUUACCAUGGAGGACCGCCCAGGUACUAGUAAAGUGCCAGAUGAGCAACAGCAGUCUCCAACAGAGCCUUCGAGUACACUUGCCAUUCCUACACCAGCAGCUGUCGAUACCGGCAGUGAUUUUUACAAUACACCCUUGACCGGCCAAACGCCAGUGUAUCCUGCCGGAUCCAAUUCAAAUGAUAACAGCGUUGCACCUUCCCCUUCGAAACCGGUGUCUGCAAUUCCUGGAUUAUCCAUUCUGAAUAAUAGCGAUCAGGCUCAACAGCAUGAAACCAAUACCGAGACCGAGGCUGCACCUCCAAAUGGCGAUCAGGUUAUGGAGAAUGUACCCGAUGUGAAUGAUAUGCUGGAACCUAUUAGUUCCGCAGCAGAGCCUAGUCAUUUGGAAGGUCAAAAUGGAAAUAAUGAAACGGGGAACAUGAUGGAGAUUGAAGGAACGGAAAAUCGCCAAACUGAGACAAUAGAAAAGGAGCAUCCAGAGUGGGAAGUUGACUCAUCACCCUACGAAUCAUCAACAGAUAGCUCUACCGACUCUUCGGACGACAGCGACGAUGAAGACGACGAGGAUUAUCCAAUCUUAUCGGCAGAAGAAACGGCCCGCAUUCUGAUGCAGGCAGAGGGUGGUUCGGACGACGAAGGAGAAGGAAAGCCUGGCGCUGGAAACCAAAUCCGAUCAGCGCAUGAAGAACGGGAAGAGGUCGCCCCUAUUCCUGAUAUUACUGUUAGCCCAGACAUGAAAAUCGUGAUGCUUGGUCAUGUCGAGACCAUCGUUGAGAACAUUGUCCUUAUUAAGGCCAGUCUAUUUAACGAGAUCCAAGUCCUUGAACCCAACUCACUUCUAUGUCUUCAUGAUCGUACUGUUAUUGGUGUGGUGGCGGACACAUUUGGACGAGUCGAAGAGCCUCUAUACACAAUUCGUUUUGCGGACCCGGAGAAGAUCAAGGAAUUUGACCUGACCCCAGCAACACCUGUUUAUUACGUCGAGGGCCAUUCUACAUAUGUUUUUACACAAACUCUCAAGAAUAUGAAGGGCAGCGACGCUUCUAACUUCCAUGACGAGGAGGUUGGCGAAGAUGAAAUUGAAUUUUCAGAUGACGAAGCGGAGGCUGAAUAUAAGCGAAGAUUGAAACAGAAAAAGAGGGAAAGGAGAGAAGGUCAAGCCGAUCGUGGUGGUUUUGGUGGAAAAGGUAGGAAAGAUCUUCCUGGUCCGUCACGUCUACGCCAAAGCGAGUUGAACUACGACGAUGAAGAUAGAGCAACAGAGGACGGAUACACGCCGCUUGCUCGACCAAAGGACUACCACGAAAUGAUGGGACAUCAAGAAGCACCCGUUGAAGGACCUCAAAGUUUCCGCGGCCGAGGAAACUUCCGUGGCAGAGGACGCGGCGCGCGAGGCUUCGAUCGAGGAUCUGGUCGCGGGGGCCGUGGACGUGGUGGCUGGGAUUCAUCCGGUCGAGGCUAUCGACUAGAUUCUUCUCGCGAGAGCUCUUCUACACUCCAACCUAAUUUUUCUCCACAACCUUCUGGCUCCUCAGCAUUUCAGUAUCCGCAACAUCCUUAUGCUCAACAGUUCCAGCAAGCACCUCAGAACCCGGCAUUCGGGCAAAUAUUGCCGCAAGCUAUGCCUCAGUAUCCAUUCCAAAUGCCUUCUCUACAGCAAAAUCCAUUUCCACAAUUUGGGCUUGGAGCACACAUCAACCCGACUUUCUUUGCAAACCUACAACAACAACUGCAGCAGGGAGCUUCAACGACCGCGACGCAAGCCCAAUCAGCAGAUAAUCAGGCUGCCUUUAGCCAGAUACAAGCCAGUUUGGACAUACUGCAGCAGCUAUCUCGUAACGGGAACGGUAAUGGGAACGACGAUGGUUCAGGGGGGAAUCCAUCCAGAUAAGAAAAAUGCAUGUAUGCACGUGGUAUUCGGGUAAAAGCAUUUGCAUGGAGUUACAAAAUUGGAGUUUUCUAAGGACGUGGGAUUGGGUCUGUUCUUACAUGAAAAAGUUUGUGUUACUUGUUAUACCUAAGUGGUCUGGACCGAAUCGAGUGAACU